AUGUCGCAAGGCCCACACUCGUAUCCUUUCUUCCGAGACACUACAAUCAUGUUCGGGCUAGACAUCGGACUUCAUGAGCACAAAGAUAUUUUGGAGAAGGCAAACUGUUUUUCGGGUCUCCGAGCUCACCUUGAGCAAGACAACAUGAAGUUAAAGACGUUCUCGGCGAGCGAUUUUAGCCGCAGUACGAAGAGAAAACUAUUCAACAAGAAUAUCAACAGAGCAGCUCGACAAUGUCCAGGAAGCCAAAUACUGAUAGCAUUUUUGGACAAAGAAAAUGCGGAAGGCGCUCGUUUUGAUCUCUUUAUGCUGGCAUGUUUCUCACUAUCCGAGCACCAUUUCCAACAAAUCGAGAAGCAUGGGCUGAGCGAAUUAUUCCCUCACCUGCUUCGACGAGUUAUCGGCAGGACCGACCUCACGUCAGCAUUGAUUGACAAAAUGGUCACCAUUAUCAAGGAAACUUGUGGAGAUGACGAAAUGGGGAAAUGCAUAUUGGACGCUGUACAUCAUGCGUCCCCAAACAAGCUGGUAUAUGCUACUCGAUCCGUACCUUCGGAUGUUUCCAGGUUGUACAACGACCAGACACAUGUACAAAGAAAGCGAGGCUUCGAAGAAGUCAUUGAUCAACAGGAGAAUGAAGGUUCAAGCAAACGACGGCGUGAUGCUACUUCCGCGCUCGACAGUCAAACGGAAGAACAUGUCCAGAAAUCCCCAGCAGCUCUCUCCAAUGGCCGAACUACGCUCGUAAUUGCCCAUCGACUGAGCACCAUCAUGUCAGCAGACCGCUUUCUGUUUUUAGAAAACGGCCUGGUAGCCGAGAGCGGCACCCAUGAGGAACUGGUGGAUAUGGAAGGCCGUUAUGCCGGCAUGUGGCGAAAGCAAAAUGGUGAGGAGAAAUCUCAGGCCCAAGAUAGGGUGGACUGCAUCCAAACGGAUCAGCUGUAG